AUGGCAGUGCAGUCCAAGAAUCUCAACGAGGAGGGUAUGGCCGCAUACCGCGGACCAUCGCUGCAGCAACCUCAUCGGGCCCGACAGGCCCUCAAAGAUGCGUAUGCCGGUCUGAUCCCUCCUCUUCUGGGAUUUUACUGUGGCAUCACAUCACCGAGCGUUGCACAGUACGCUGCAACGCUCGGUUAUGAUUUUGUCUGGAUCGACUGGGAGCACUCUUCGUGCGGUGUUGAGACUAUGACCUCUAUCGUCCAAACCGUCAGCUUCUUCAGUGAAGGCAAGAGUAUGCCCUUUGUUCGACUCCCCGGCCACAACCACAAAGAUGUUGCGUACGCUCUUGACGCCGGGGCCAGUGUUGUAUUUCCUCAGGUAGACACUGUUGAACAGGCUCAAGCAUGCGUUUCUGCUACCAAGUAUGGUCUAAAGAACCGAGGCUCGCGAUCAGCUCCGCCUUUUCGCUUAAUCUCUGGUUUCACAGAUCAGAAGGUAGACCAAAACCAGACACUUCAUGAGAACUUGAAUCGCCAAGCAGCUGUUCUGAUUCAAAUUGAGUCAGAGAAGGGAAUCGAUAACCUUGAUGAUAUCCUUACUCAAGUUCCUGACAUUGAUGCUGUCUGGAUUGGUGCCAUGGACCUGAGAGUUUCCAUGGGUUUUGAGAACAUGUGGGGAGAUGAGCCAAAGUUUCUGGCCGCUAUUGCCAAGUAUAACAGUAUUCUGGCCAAGCAUGAUAUGCCUGGUGCUGGUCUUGCAAUAGGCCCACCAGAGGUCAUGACUGAACGCUCCAAAGGUCGUGCGUUCAUGAUCGUGGGCAGUGACGUCCAAGCUAUCAUGGGUCAGAAAAAGGUCCUUCUCGACGCCAGAAGUCUGAUGCCAAAAAUCAAUCCUUAUGACCAGCGGCCCCCUACUCCACAAACUAUCAAGACGGAGGGUAUUGAUAACGAUCUUUAUCUUCUUCCGAGAGACGAGGAGGAAACGAAGAGGCUGGAUGAACAGCACCGUUACAUUGUUGAACUUUGCGAUGGCUUCAUUGUUAGCCCCAUAAUCCAGACAGAUCGACUCCGGAUGGUCGCUGAUGUUGGAACUGGGUCAGGUGCUUGGUUGAUCGACUUGGAAUCCCGCCUACGAGCUCAAGGCGAAUCAAACAAAACUACCUUUCACGGGUUUGACAUUUCUGACCUCCAGUUCCCCACACUCUCCGGAGAUCAGCACUCACGCUUCAAUUUUAGCGUUCAUGAUGUCCGGAAACCGUUUCCUGAAGAGCACAUUGGGAAAUAUGAUCUGGUACACUUGAGGUUGCUUGUGUGGGCUCUGCCUGCCGAUGAUGUCGAUGCCGUCGUCGCCAAUCUUACUGCGCUUCUUAAGCCCGGUGGCUACUUGGCCUGGGAUGAGGCCGCGUAUGUCGACUCAGUCGAUGCAGCCGGUACUCCAGAAGGCGUUCGUAUUCACGAUAUCGUGGUGGACUUUAUGAAGAAGAGAAACCUAUUGGUCGACCUCCCCUCUGUCCUUCGCAAGUCAUAUGAGAAGGCUGGCCUAGAUAUGCAGCAUAGCAUCAGAUACAGCUCACUGCAGCAUCCUAAGCUCCAAGCGACCACCAACAAAAUCAUUGGAGACGGUGCCAUGUCUGUUUUGCGCAACCUGAUUCAAGAGGUACCAACUACGCCAGAACAGGUGAAGCUGAAUGAGGAGAUGAAAUCUCUGAUUGCUUCUUAUCCGACCACACAACAAUUGAUGAAAUGGCAGUGCUGCCUGCAGUCGGUUGUCGCUAGGUGUCCUCAGAAGCUGCCACCUCGUGAGCCGUCGGUGACCAUUACAAAUGGGGUCACUACAAACGGAGCUACUACCAAUGGCACGAUUACCAACGGUAUCAAAGCGAACGGUGCUACAGUGAACGGAUCCCAUACCAAUGGCGUAAAGGCGAAUGGUACGCAUGAGAACGACGCGACCACUGAUCGUCUCGCUGUCAAAAAGUUGGAGCGAGGCAAAUCAUUUAGUAACCCAAGCUCACCUGAAAGCAUGGCCCUCAAGGCCAUGGUCACCCUCAACAGGUACCGCAUGAGUUACAAGAAUGACUGGGACCUCCCAAAAGCCAUCUCCUCUCUUCGUCCUUUCUUGGAGAAGGCAAUCCGCGACAAAGAGCCUAUCCGCCUUGUCUUGCCCGCAUUCCCUUUCAAAUCGUCUAACAGGACUGCAAAGGUGCUUGGUGCUGACCCUGAUGAUGCCGAGCGUAUCUCCCUCUUGCACCUUGACGGUUUGUGCAAGGCUCUUGAAGAGGCCACCAAGCUGAAAGUCGAUCUACUGAUUACUUCAGAUGGUGUCAUGUACAAUGAUCUCCUUGGUAUAAGUGAUGAAGAAGUAUGGAGAUACGGCGAAGGGAUCCGAAGAAUUGCCAAAGAAGAGGGCUGCAGUCACAUCUCCUUCAAUCGAUUGGGCGCGGUCAUUUCACAUGAAGUGGACUCCACAGCCAGCCUCGACGAGUAUCUGAGGGAUGCUCCGGGUUACCGGCGACAACUUGAGGACUUGCUUCCAAAUGGCUUCGAUCCAGCCCAAGAGAUCAAGACCAAUCAUGAUGUCAAGUUGACGUAUCUGGGGUACAAAAGGUUUUUGGAUCUGGAGAUGCAGAACGCUGCCCCUGACGACUCCAACCUUUCACUCAGGGACCGCAAAGCCAUCACUGCUAAGAACAUGAUCAAACGUGGCAAGGCUUAUGCGGAGGCCAUUCGGAACGCGUAUCCCAACGCAAUCAGGUUGUCUAUCCAUGAGUCUGAUGAUGUCAACAAGAUCUCAAUUGCCAUUCUUCCACUUGCAUCUGGCAACCCCAUGACUCCAUGGCACGGCGCACUUGUUCGUGCUGUGAAUGGCGAUCUGACCAUGAGUCAUGCUCUGAACGUGUCGGCUCUCAAGUACGACCUUGUAUAUGAGCACGGCAAGCCCUCGUACUUCAGAGAAAGGUCACCUUUAUUCUCCUGGGCAGGAAUGGACUUGUCUUUUACCUAUAUGUAUCCCACAGGUAUCAUUGUGCGACCCGCCCAUGAAAACCUGAAGUAUUCUCUACAGGACAUCGACAUGGCCAAGUUUCGAGCGCUCUCCGAGCAGUGCUCCCCAGUCGUGUUGCGUGGUUUCCAAGACACCAAGAAGAAGCCAAUCUUCGUUUCCAAAGCCAAAGAAAUGGGAACAAUACUGCCUUGGAAGGAGGGUGACAUAAUGGUUGUCAAGGAUCAAAUGAAUGAUGCCUCAGACUCUAAUGUCACGACUACGAAUGAGGCUAUGCCUAUGCAUUAUGACGGUAUGUUCAAACUUGUGAAAGUCAAGGAUGAACAGGGCCAUGAGACAGUUACCUCAGACCCGCCUCUGCUUCAAUAUUUUGUUUGUCAGGCAACUACGGGCAACAACCAGGGUUUCACUCUCUUUGCCUCGUCUCAUCUUUUCUCCCGUUACCUUCCAGACAAGUACCCAAUCGACGACCUUCGCAAGGUCAGGUGGACUUGUCAUAGUGGCGGGUACUUUGAUCACCAUGUGCCUAGCUUGCCCCUAGUUGUCUCUCAUCCAGUCGACGCCCGGCCCUGUAUCCGCUGGCAUGAACCUUGGCCCAAGACGGAGACCAAAUAUGGUGAUGCUAGCAUCACUAUUGACAAUGGUGACCAGGCUCUUGUUGCUCUCGUGGAUUCCCUUCUGUAUGAUGAGCGUGUCUGUCUUCGCUUUGCAUGGGAGGAAGGCGAUGUUAUGGUAAAUGAUAAUAUGGAAAUGUUGCACACAAGAACUGCAUUCGAACGUGGUGCAGCACGGGAGCUGUGGAGAAUUCAUGUCAGUUAA